CAUUCCUGAAUCAUUCACGAGCCUUCACUGUAGAUAAGCUUCUCUGAACCCCAAAAACCCCAAUCUUUUACCAACUUUUGCAUCGUCUUUACUCGCUCCUUGACUAAAUCUGUGUGUGUUUCUGUCGUCCAUGUUUUCUGAGCUUUGAAAUUUCGAGAUUUGAAUCUGGGUUUUUUGAUUAUUUCGAACGAAGGUAACACGGGUAGACUGUAAAAGAGGGUCGGGUUUGCACGAGUUCUUCCAUUUCUACUCGUUCUGAAAGCUCAAUUUUGCGUUUGAAAUAGUGAAAUCAUACUGGGUUUGUAUUGUUGUAAACCGAGGAAACGUGGGCGUCUUGUAACAAAAACAUCGAUGGUUUUCUGAUUCUCCUUUUAGGUUAUGGAUUUUUCUAUAAAUUAGCCAAGAUUACCCUGAAAUUGGACUUCGGCAAUGUAGAUAUGAGCCUUUGAUAUCUAUAUAAAAUAUAAAAAUGUUUAAGUCGACGAGAUGGAGGAGCGAGAAGAACAAGAUCAAAGCCGUGUUUAAAUUGCAGUUUCAUGCAACUCAGUUGGCACAGUUAGGAGGAGAUGCUUUGAUGAUAUCUGUGGUUCCUGCUGAUAUUGGAAAACCAACAUCAAGACCAGAGAAAGCCAAAGUUCAAGAUGGAAGCUGUUAUUGGGAAAAACCACUUUAUGAAACUGUGAAAUUCUCUCAAGAUCCAAAAACCGGAAAGUUUUAUGAGAAAAUCUAUUACUUUGUUGUGGCAAAGGAUUCUUCAAGAUUUGGUGGCUUUGGAGAGGUUUCAAUUGAUUUUGCAAAUUAUGCCGAGACUUCAAAGCUUUCUUCUUUAUCUCUUCCUCUGAAAAACACAAAUUCUGCAGCUAUGCUUCAUGUAUUGAUUCAAAGGGUGCAGGGUUCUUUUGAACAGAGGGAGAUUGAUGGAAGUGGCAAUGAAAGCCACCAUGAUCGAAGCUUGAGGACAUACUUUGGCAACAAUGGUGUAGAAGGAAACAUUAGAAGCAAUCCUACUGAAGAUCAUGGGGCUUUAAGCAACGGCAUUAACAGAGAUCAUCGGGCAUCUAAUGGUUCUGAUAUCAUGUUGUCAAGUUCCGAUAGCAGUUCUGGGAUCGAUACCCCAAUGGAACACAAACCAAAGAACACUAAACCAGCUCGUGAACCCUCAAUAACAGUUGAAAGAUCGUCACAAUGGGAUUGGUUAAAUGGUUCAUCUCCCAAAUUAAAACGAAACGAUUCUUCAGUAAGUACACUAGGAGAAUCUUUGGAAGAUAGUUCUUCAGAUGCCGUGAUUCAAAAGCUCAAGGUCAAAGUUGCGGCUUUGACUCGGCAGGCGGAUCUUGCCGAGUUAGAAUUGCAGGCCCUUCGUAAGCAAAUCGUGAAGGAGAUGAAAAAGAGCCAGGAUCUUUCGAGAGACGUAGCUAAUCUUGAAGAAGAGCGAAAUGCCUUAAAGGAAGUCAAAGUCAACGGUAUGUUGUUGAUUGACGAAGGUGAUCCGUGGGCCAUCAUCGAUGAACUGAGACAAGAACUAAACCACGAGAAGGAUUUGAGCUCCAAUCUUUCGUUACAACUUCAGAAAACACAGGAGUCGAAUGCCGAAUUGAUUCUUGCUUUAGAAAAGUCAAAGUCAAUAUUUUUCAAUGGUCAACAGUCGUAUGUAGUCGGUUCUAAAUCCGAAACGGAUGACGAUGAGGAGCAAAGGGAGUUGGAAGCGAUCGUUAGAGAACAUAGUGGCACGAAAGAAACGUACUUGCUCGAGCAAAAGAUAGUCGAUCUUUACGGCGAAAUCGAGUUAUAUAAAAGAGACAAAGACGAGCUCGAAAUGCAAAUCGAGCAAAUUGCACUCGAUUACGAGAUUCUAAAGCAGGAAAACCACGAAAUGUGUUAUAAGCUCGAGCGUAGCCAAUUGCAGGAACAGUUAAAGAUUCAGUAUGAAUGUACAUCUUACGCCACUUUAAAUGAACUCGAAUCACAGAUAGAGAUCUUGGAGAACGAUCUCAAAUUGAAAUCCAAAGAAUUAUCAGAAUCGAUUCUUGCUAUAAAGGAGCUCGAAACCCAUAUCAAGAAUCUGGAGGAAGAUUUGGAGAAUCAAAGUCAUGGGUUUGAGAUCGAUCUUGAAGAUCUAAUGAAUGCAAAAACCGAGCAGGAACAACGAGCGAUUCGUGCAGAAGAUAAUUUGCGAAAGAUGAGAUUGCAAAACGCGAAUGCAGCCGCACGGCUUCAGGAGGAACUUAGAAGGCUUUCCCAGAAAAUGGCAUCGACGUUUGAAGUUAACGAGAAGGCGGCCAUGAAAGCCAUGGAUGAAGCUAAUAUACUUCGAGUAGAGAAACGGGUUCUUGAAGAUAUGAUCGUGAAAAUGAAAGAAGAGUUGCAGCAUCUUGGUGACCGAUUUCAAGAAAAACUUGUCGAUCUUUCGGACCAAAUAAGUCUCAAGUCGAAACAAUUAGAGAAGAUCAAGAAACAGAUUGAAAAUAUGGCUGAAACCGAGAGGCAGAAUCGGGAAAGCGAAAGAUUGGAAGAAGUUGCUAUUGAUAGCUCGGAUUUAUAUCUACUUAAGGAGAAAGAUCUUCAAUAUGAAAUCAAAGAGUUUGAAAGAAAAUUGGAUGUUCUUGUUCAAAAAACCGAGAAUUCGCAGGUAGCUACAGCCGAAAAUUCGAACCCCACGAUGAAAAGUAACAAUAAGACCGAAGAUCAAGAAGAUUUUGACGAAUCAUCCAAGAAAAUGACGUCGUUAGAGAACAAAAACCGGUUGACGGAAGUAGAACCACAGGAGAUGCAAGAAAAGCGUUCAGAAAUAACUUUAUAAAGUUUCCGUAGAACACGAACCAUCUGGUUCAACAAAAUCAAAACCGAAGAUCAUCCAUCAUACUCAAAUUGGUAAGAUUUUACGGGUUUAUUGAACAUAACGCAUUUCUGUAUAGGAUAGUUCAGAAUGUAGGUUUAGUAUGCUGUUCUUCCUCAAUAAGCUGCCAAUGAUCUCUUUGUGAUUUAGUUUGCUAUUC